AUGUGUAUAUUGAAAAACAUCGUAUUUGUUUUUAUUCAAGCAUUCAUCUUAUGUUUUUGUUUAUCUAUCGUAUCAAGUACAAUUAGUCCUUGUGCAAAAUGGAAUACAACAGGUGCAACAGUAGCUGGAACUGGUGAAGCUGGUAAUUCUAGUUAUCAAAUUAAUUCAGCAAAAGGAAUUUUCAUUCAUAAAGAAAGAAAUGAAUUAUAUGUUGCUGAUUUUUAUAAUAAUCGUGUUCAAAGAUUUGCACUCAAUGAUCCAUCAAAGAUGGGUAUUACAGUCGCAUCUAAUAUAGAAAAUCCAAUGAAAGUCUAUGUCGAUGAUGAUACUAGUGGACCAACUGUUUAUGUUUCACUACGAUUUAAAAAUCGUGUUGAAAAAUGGAUCAAUGAAGCAACAAAAGGUGUUCAAGUUGGUGAUGAAUGUCAAUUAUGUUCAGGUGUAUCAGUUGACAAAGAAAAAUAUGUUUAUAUGUCAGAAUCAAAUAGACAUCGUGUUAUUAAAUGGUCACCUCGAACAAAUAUGACAAUUGUUGUCGCUGGAAAGACCGAUGCUAAUGGAUCAACAAGUGGUCUACUUGAUCAUCCUCAAGGAAUCUAUGUGACUAGAGAUGGAAAUAUCAUUUAUGUAGCUGAUAUGUGGAAUAGUCGAAUUCAAAAUUGGACACAAGAUUCACGUGAAGGAACUACAGUAGCUGGUUCGAGUCAAGGAACUCAAGGUCAUGAUCCUGAAACUUUAAAUUUUCCGAAUGAUGUUAUUGUUGAUGAAGAAACAAAUGUUGUUUAUGUUAUUGAUACAUCAAAUCAUCGAGUUCAACGAUGGAGACCAUUUGCAUCUCAAGGUGAUACAAUAGCUGGUGACCAAGGUGCCGGUAAUGCAACUAAUCAAUUAUAUAAACCAGCUGAUUUAGCAUUUGAUAUGAAAGGAAAUCUUUAUGUUAUGGAUAUGGAAAAUAAUCGAGUACAAAUGUUUGAAUUAAUUGACAAUCGACCUUGUGCACAUACACCAAUAGCAAGUUCAUCAAUGCUCGGGUUAGUCGAAUAA